CAACAGUUAGAGUUCGUCCGGCCAUUAUUUCUUCUCAAGACCGCGAAGAUCGCUGGCUUUUUGAACAUGUCUUCGCAGUUUAGGAUGUGCAAGAGUUACCGUGCCUCACGAGUGGAAAGGUAGGAGGAGUGGGACCGCUACUAUAAGUCCAGUCUUUUUCUCAGGGCCUAUGUCACUUCUUUCUGCGUAGUAAACAGAUAGACUUCGAUAUCUUCAAUCGAAAUAAUGGGAAACCCGGUUUUUCCAAUCCUUGAGCGCAUCGCCGCUGCUGGUAGAGCUUUUGAAGGCGAUGAGAUAGGUUCGCGUGAAUCGCUCAUCGAACUUGGCAGGGAUCUUAUCGCCGCACUUGAAAUACCCAGUGAAUUCCUCCAAAGGAGCUUCUGGGCUGAGCCGGCAUUGUCAGCGCACUGCAAGUUUGCCGUGGAAGUUAAGCUGUUCCAGCACCUGAAAAAUGCUAGCGACGCCGGCAUUAGUUCAGAUGAUCUGGCACAGAAGACGGGCGUCGAUGUGGUACUACUACAACGCAUCAUGCGUCACCUUAUCGCCAUGAAGAUCGUCUCGUUCUUCAAUGGGAAGUUCUUUGGUACAGCACUGAGCGAUGGGCUAGCAGCAGAUAACUAUCAGAAGAGCAUCGACUUCUGCUACGAUGUGGCUCGACCAUCGUUCAAUGGCUUUCCGGAAUUUUUUAAGAAGACCGACUACAAGCUGCCGACAUCUCUGACGGAUGGCCCGUUUCAAGCAGCUCAUGGAACCCAGCUGCCGUUCUUUCCGUGGCUGGUUGCUACGCCUCCUCACUUGGAUGAGUUUGAUGCCUUCAUGUCUGCGUAUCGCGCUGGAAAGGCAAAUUGGUACGAUCCGGGCUUCUACCCAGUUGCUGGGCGUUUGAUCAAAGGCUUUGACCCCAGCAACAACGAUGUGCUUCUCGUAGAUGUUGGAGGCGGCCGUGGACACGACGUCCAAUUGUUCGCAACACAACACGCCUCGCACCCUGGAAAGCUUGUUCUGCAAGAUCGUGAACCUGUCAUCGCCAGCAUCCAGGACAAAAAAAAGCUUCCUUUCGAAAGCCAGGCUCACGACUUCUUCACUCCCCAGCCGAUCAAGGCAGCGAGAGCAUAUGCGCUCCACUCUAUCCUGCAUGACUGGGGUGACGAGGAGGGUAUUAAGAUUCUGGAGAGUUUGAAGCCAGCACUCAAGCCUGGUUAUUCCCGGAUACUGUUGAAUGAGAUUGUCCUAUCGGAGGAACAUCCUACGAUCGCGGCUACUUCGAUGGACAUGAUGAUGUUGGCUCACUUUGCAGUCCGUGAGAGGACUGAGGCGGACUGGAAGGCCAUCCUCACAAAGGCGGGAUUGAAGUUGGUUAAGAUAUACAGCUACCCGGGCGUUGCUGAAAGCGUAAUCGAGGCGGAGCUGGCAGUGGCUGCCUAUGUGAAAUAAGGAAAGAACGUUGUUACCGUCUAGACCCCGCUGAAUGAUGACUGUCCCGAAAUUACCUCUAAAUUUGUCACCAUUGUAAUUGAACUCAUUCUUAGUUCCUGUCACGGACUGGAGAUUUUCGCACUGCCAUUGAGUGAUUGUCCAUGUCCGACUUUGGGUGACAAUAUUGAGGCGCCGUGUGUUCGGUGCUCUUUAGCAGAACGGAUCCUUGCGGUUUUCGGAGAUCGUAGUUGCGCGCCGAUUGAGUCUGGACUCGUGCUUUUGUAGUCUGAUCGAGACGGUAAGGAACUCGAGAAGGCUGUCUUGUUCCAGUUAGUUACCGUGAAGUCUCUUAGUGGAUUUGAUCAAGAUUUCACGGUUGUGGGGUUUGUAUCCACCUACCAGUGUCGACCAUCUUGGCAGGAGCGCGACUAGAUUUGGUGAGCACCCAGUAGUAUAAUCAACAGUGAGG